GGGGUGGGGCCGGGUGGCCUGUGUGUUCGGUUGAGCGCCGUGGUAGGGAGGGAACGCGGGCGGGUGGGGGAGCAGAGUGAGGGGGCGGCGGCAGCGGCAGCGGCAGGCGGGCGCGCGCGCCGCCGCCGCCGGGUGUAACGACAGCGGCGGAGCCGGAGCGGAGGAAGCUACUGACUGCCUAGAAAUUAGGAAAGUGUGCAAGAAGUCCAGUUGAUCAAGGUGGAUUUCCCCCUUUCCUCCCCAUUUCAGGAGACUUUUCACAAUUGUCUUUUGCAAAACCUUUGGACGCUUCCCUCCGUGCCAUGUUUUGUGGCUCUCACCAUAAGAGGAAUUUGUCUUGAUGAAGAUUCCUAACAUUGGUAAUGUGAUGAAUAAAUUUGAGAUCCUUGGGGUUGUAGGUGAAGGAGCCUAUGGUGUUGUACUUAAAUGCAGACACAAGGAGACACAUGAAAUUGUGGCUAUCAAGAAAUUCAAAGACAGUGAAGAAAAUGAAGAAGUCAAAGAAACCACUUUACGAGAACUUAAAAUGCUUCGCACUUUGAAACAGGAGAACAUAGUGGAGUUGAAAGAAGCCUUCAGAAGAAGAGGAAAAUUAUACUUAGUUUUUGAGUAUGUGGAAAAAAAUAUGCUUGAGUUGCUAGAAGAAAUGCCAAAUGGAGUUCCUCCCGAAAAAGUGAAAAGCUAUAUCUACCAGCUUAUUAAAGCAAUUCACUGGUGUCAUAAGAAUGAUAUUGUUCAUAGAGAUAUCAAACCAGAGAAUCUCUUAAUAAGCCACAAUGAUGUUCUGAAGUUGUGUGACUUUGGCUUUGCUCGUAAUCUCUCUGAGGGAAGCAAUGCUAACUAUACAGAAUAUGUGGCUACAAGAUGGUACCGCUCUCCUGAACUCUUGCUUGGAGCCCCCUAUGGAAAGGCGGUGGAUAUGUGGUCGGUAGGCUGCAUUCUGGGGGAGCUGAGUGACGGGCAGCCCUUGUUUCCCGGCGAGAGCGAGAUUGACCAGCUCUUUACCAUUCAGAAGGUGCUAGGCCCUCUGCCAGCUGAGCAGAUGAAGCUCUUCUACAGCAACCCUCGCUUCCAUGGCUUGCGGUUCCCUGCAGUCAAUCAUCCACAGUCUUUGGAGAGAAGAUACUUGGGAAUUUUAAGUGGUGUAUUACUUGAUCUUAUGAAGAACUUACUAAAGCUAGAUCCAGCAGAUAGGUAUUUGACAGAACAAUGUUUGAACCAUCCUUCAUUUCAAACUCAAAGACUCUUGGAUCGCUGUGGAAGUUCGCCUUCACGGUCAACUAAGAGAAAACCUUACCAUGUAGACAGCAACACUUUAUCUAACAGAAACCAAGCCAGCAAAAGUUCUGCUUUGCAGUCACAUCACAGAUCAAACAGCAAGGAUAUACAGACUCUAGGGGUUGGCCUGCCAAGAGAAGAGGGUCUUCCAACAAAUGAAAGCUUUUUAAAUGGAAACCUCCCUGGAGCUGCACAUAGUCCAAUGCAUACAAAAAAAUCAAGCAACCCAUCUGGAUCUGGCAACAAGGAUCUAGCCAACAAUAACAUGCCACAUCUUCUCAGUCCAAAGGAAGCAAAGGCAAAAACAGAAUUUGAUUUUAAUGUGGACUCAAAAAGUGCUGAUGGUCCAGGUACAAAAUACCUGAAGUCAAACACCAGAUCUCAGCAGAACCGGCACUCAUUUAUGGAAACUUCUCAAAACAAGACUGGGACGCUGCAACCCGGUGAUAAGCAUAGUCGCCAUAGCUAUAUUGAUACUAUUCCACAGUCUUCUAAGAGUCCUUCAUAUCGGACAAAGUCAAAGGGCCACGGGGUUCUGACUGACUCAAAAUCCGUGGGCAAUCUUUCUGAGGCCAGGGCUCAAGCUGCAGAACCAAACAACAGUAGAUAUUUUCCAUCCAGCUGUAUGGACUUGAACUCUCCUACCAGUCCAACUCCUCCCCGACACAGCGAUAACAGAACUUUGCUCAGUCCAUCUGGGAGGAACAACCGCGGUGAGGGUACCCUGGACACCCGAAGACCGUCAACAAGACACUCCAAAACAAUGGAGGAGUUAAAACUGCCAGAUCACGCAGAUGGAAGCCAUUCUCACUCACUGUCUGCUCCUCAUGAAUCUUUUUCCUAUGGUCUAGGUUAUACCAGUCCUUUUUCUUCACAGCAGCGCCCUCAUAGACACUCUAUGUAUGUGAGCCGGGACAGAGUGAGGUCAAAGGGCUCAGAGGGUGGCUUAAACACAGGGCAAGGGAUGGCAGCCAGAGCAAACAGCCUGCAACUGUUAUCUCCACAGGUGCAGCAUAAGUCACUCACAAGGUCUGUUGGCUCUUCACGAGAAGACUGUACAGAAGACACUAAUAGGCAGAAUGACCAGAUCCCAUCAGAAAUGAAUUUAACAAGACCUCCAGGAAAAGAUUCCUCCAGAGAUGUUACAACUGCAUUUCAUUCACGGCAAAAAUCUGAGGGUGGAACAUAUCAUGAUCCACACACAGAAGAUGGAGCAUCUACUAAAGAAAAUAGAAUUCUCUAUAAUGACCCUGUUCCAAGAAGAGUCGGCAGCUUUUACAGAGUUCCAUCUCCACGUCCAGAGAGUACAUACCUAGAAAACAAUGUGUCAAACAGAGCCCCUGUGUUACCAGCAGACACCAGCAUGGUGGCAAACCACUCAAAGAGACAAACCACCUUUGAUACCUGGAAAAGUCCUGAAAAUCUUAACAGUCACUCUGAACAGCUCAAGGAGAAAGAAAAGCAAGGUUUUUUCAGGGCAAUAAAAAAGAAAAAGAAGAAAUCUCAAACUACAGACUCAACCAACGGGGAGAAUCCAAGCAUCAAGAAAUCCCUCUUUCCUCUUUUUAAUUCAAAGAAUAAUUUAAAGCAUAGUUCUUCUUUGAAAAAGCUUCCUGUAGUCACUCUACCCAUGAUGCCUAGUAGUGAUGGUCAGGAUCUUUUGGCAUUACAGAAAGCCAUUCACACUUCUAAUCACCAGAGCAGCAGGCAGAAGGAUUGGCAUCCUGAGAAGAUGACAGAAAUCCAGCCUCAUAACCAGCCAUUAAAAUCUCUUCGAAAGCUAUUACAUCUCUCCUCUUCAAAUCAUUCUGUCCCUGCUGAGCCUCGCUUCCAACCCUUACCAAGUCAGCCAGCCAAAGCUUCUUUUUCUGAAGUGCGAAUUCACCCCAUGAGUCAAAGCUCCAGCAGUGGCAGCAGCAACGUACGGCAAGAGUCUCAGUCAAAAAGCAGGCCAACACUGCAGAUACCUGGCCAGCUGGAACCUAGCUGGCACGUCGCGCCAGUGAACAGGAGCACAAACGACGGGCCUCCCUACUCUGAUCAGCUGCCUUCCAAGAGCGGACAGAAUGGGCACACAUAUAACCGAACAAACCGAUCACGAAUGCCAAAUCUGAAUGAUUUAAAAGAGACAGCCUUGUAAUUGCACUCCAGAAAGUAGGCCAGUUCACUGGAGAUUGACGUAGGGGAGUGAUGGUGGUGGUGGUUCUAGUGAUGGUAAGACUGUAUUUUCAGCUUUAUAAAGGUGUGCAAUAUGUACAUGUGGAGCUAUGCUGUUUGGCACCACAGUGAGAGUCAGGGAUUAUACAGUAAAACAAGUUGAAUUAUGAAUUACCAGUCAUCAGAAAUGUCAUCGGAUACUAGGCAGAGUGUGCCGUUCGGGGAGAAAAAUAUAUUACAGUUUUCUCUCGUUUACAUUCCAGCUUAGUGCACAUCUCUGUCUGAAAGCUGGGAGGCUUUUGGUAUGUAUUGGCACUUGUAAGGGCGAAAACAUUCAUGUCUAGACCUAUGCCCUUACUACAUUUUUUGCUGCCUAGUUAAAACAGUGGGGUUUAUGUGGUAGAAGUGUAUCCCUGUUAAGGGUUUAAAGUUAAAUUGUACGUCUUAAAUUUGUUUUUUAAACUACCAUAUUUGAUAGGAUUUGUAAUAUUUAUUUAUGAUGACCUAAUAUCGUACUGUUAUAAUCAUAUCUUUUAUGUUAUAAUGUAAAGUUAUUUUGAGCUGUUUGAAACAUUGUGAAGCAGUGCAACAGCUACAGUAGUUUCUAUAAAAAACUAACAGUAACAUUUAUAUAUUGCAUCAGGAGUAUUUUAUUCUAUAUAUAAAUAUAUAUAUAAAUGGAAAAUAACUGUCUGUUUUUUAAAUAUACUCAUUUAAAAGAAAAGUAUUGUUAUGACACUAUCUGCCAUAUUUUUAUACAUUUGUGAUAUAAAGUGCAGUAUUAUACUUCUAAUAAAAGGAAGUUGAAUGUGGAUAUAAGUGUGACUGUAACAGUAUGAAUCUUGCUCGGCUAUUAGAGCCCGGUAUUAUAGGCAUUAUUGGUAACAAACAAAAGACGGCAUUCAAUGCCAAGCUUUAUUAUGGGCUAUUUUGUUGGAAUUAUUGGCUAACUGUAAGAGACUGCAGAACUGUACAGUAAUCUAAAUGUGGUAUGUUCUCCCCUAACUGUGUCCUUAGCUUUCCUGUUAAUAUUAAUGGGAGUUUUGCAUCUGCAUCAUGAGCGUAGAGCCCCAAAUUUUUUUUCUCUAAAGAUAUUAAGUGCCCCAUGACUACAAACUAAAGCAGGUGCUCUUCCACUUAAUAGUAGGGGUGAAGACCAAAGAAACAUAGCAUGAAUUGCAAGCGAAAUGCCAAACUUCGACACUUACGCAUAGCAUGCCACUGCAGAUCAUGGUAUAAGCUUUUAUGUAUAUGUGUAUUUUACAUCUUGUUUAACAAUCUAUUAACUAUUAAGAUGAACACUGUAUUAAAAUUUAAAAUACUCUUGCACUUUUUAUUAUAUUUAAGGAUGUAUUUAAAGCUACCAAUCUUAUAUUUGGAUAUUGAGGGAGAAGGUUGCUAUGCAGCUUAUUUUCUCCUUACAUUUUGCUCUCAGAAUAUUCCAGUGCACAGUUCAGUUUCCAGUCUCAGCAAAUAGUAGAUCUUGGGUUCCAGUCUCCUGUAGAACAUUAUUAAAACUGCCUUUACGCUGGUGAAUUUCGAGUGUAGCAAAUAUACAACCUGAUUCCUCUGUUGCUACCGGUAAGAUCAAUCACGGGUGAGUUGGUAGGAGUCAAAAGUGUUAUGCCAGUCUAGUGCAAUAAGUGGAGAGUGAGGCCUGUAGUGUCAGAACAAUACAGUCUUUCCUUUUUAAACACAUUAGUUCAACUCUGCCAUUACUCUGCAGCAUAGUUCAUUUUAUAUACGAUGUUCUCAUAAAGUAAAUGUACUUGCAAAUACGUUGUCUUUUGCAAAAAGAGAUUAACCUGAAUGUAAAUUUGAUGUUUUAGCCAUAGAUAGAGUUAACAGAAGUAGCCAGACGAUAAGAGCUGAAGUUCCUACUUUGAAAACGAUGCAAACUGGACGUGAUGAUGUUCAGUACCUCUUGAAUCAUACCAAAGUUCCAAGAACAUUAUAUGACAAAAUUGGCACCACUACUUUUAAAAUCUUUGUCAUAAAGUACAAUAUGAAAGUAUGUCAUUUCAGGUUUGUCCAUGGCAAAAAGUAAGUCUAGUAAAUCUCAAAAACCACAAAGUAAGAAUUCUUUGUUUGUGAAUUGCCUGCCAGAAAUGUGUAUGUGGGUUUUUUUACAGAUAUAUAUGAUAUAUUCUGUGUUUAUGUAUCAUAUAUAUCACAUAGAUAAAUACAGUAGACAUGACAGGAUGUUCAUCUUUUUGAUAAUGUCACUGGGCAUCCAAGAAACACAUUGUGAUGUUUACUACUCAUUAUUAUCACUGUAUAUUUCUUCUGACCUUUUAGAAAUCUUUGGAUUCACCAGUUCAUCACAAUUGGGUUAGUUCUGUUCUCUGUUCUGAACUGGGCUGAUGCCGCUGAAAUCCCUUACAAAAACAUUGUCUUUCGUUCAAGAGUGGGGCUCUAAGCAGUACUAUGUGAAUGUCUCAAACUGAGCAUUCAGACUAGACUCUUCUGUACUUUCUGGAUAUAAUUCCUUUUGCCUCUACUAGACUUUUACCUUGUUGGUAAAAGUUUCAUGCUUGGGAUAAUCAUAUUGGGCUGUCUAUGGUGGUUCUGAUUUCUGGCAGGGAAAAAUGCUUCCAAAGGAUUUUUCUUCAGUACCCAUUAAGUUAAAUUAGAGUAAUCUCUGAGUGUACUUAUAGCUGUUCAAAAUAGUUAGCAAAGCUUCAAGGGUCACCCAAGGAGUAUUCAAGUAUUUGGUGGCCCAUAUUUAUGGAAAGUUAUUCUUGCUUCAUAAUGUAUUUUCUUCUCAAAUUCAACAAACCGUAGUAGAUUAAAGUUGAGUACUAGAUGGUAUUGAACGUAUUUAAUAUUUUCUUCCUUCUGUUGGAAAGAACUUCCAGCAGCUCAGCCAGCUGGUGCUGGGAUAAAUUGAGUAUUUUUAACCUGGUCUAACUAUUUAGAGUAUUGCUAAUGUAAUUUUGCUGAGGCUUCCAAAGGAGUCUUAUUACAGUGACUGAGAUUUGCUGACUGAAAAAAGGAGAAGAGAAUUACAGAACAAACUAUUUUGUAAGUGCGAGCUUUCUUCUUCGCUAGUUCGUGAGUCUUGUGCUACACGUUCUGUAGAGUUAUUUAGGAUAAAACAUCUCAGACUGUAUUUUAUUCUCUGGUGAUCUGUUUUGCCUUAUUAUGGCAUCACUAAUGAUGUGAAUAGAAAAAAGCCUAAGUUUCAGAAAUGAGUUAAAGUCAUUUUGCAGAACUCAAGCUGCCUGAACUUGUCUAUAUGUUUUUACUAUUAUUGAGCUCUUGUUAACUGAAAAAAGGCACCUUAAGCUCCUCUUAAUUUAAAUUGCAUAUGUGUUUGAGUUGUCCUUUCAAACUGUCAUGAAAAUGUGUUAGCCAAAACCAACAUUUUUCAAUAGACCUGACCGCAGAGAACAGUCUCUUAGAGCCAUUUAAUCUGUUUUGUUCCGUUAUCGCGCUCCGAGGUUCAUUGCUGCUCCGAGAGCUCACCAGCACAGAGUUCUUGGCAGGAAGUUGGUGAUACCAGAUUCAGUCCAUUCUUCCCCAUCCCACAGGGCUCAGGACUGAUACCAAACUUUGAUUUCAGAUACCAGGUCAGACCAAGGUAGAUGUCUAUGGAUUCUGAUACAACUCUACAGAUACUCAUUCUUUUAAGAUCGCUGUUAAAGCAGGACUCAAACUUCAAGUCUUGUAAUACACCCUCAAAUCAUCUUUAGGCUUGUCGCCUUUCUCUCUCCUAGCAAGACUUGCUUCUGAGAGCAAAGGUAGAGUGAUUCUUUAAGAAGCAGAGUCCUGUGAUAGGCACUUGGCUUUUGGCCAUUCCUUGCCAUUCUAGUUGGGUCUCUCGUGGAAGAUAAAUCUUAGUAGUACAGGCAGCUACAUGAUCAGCUUCAUUUUGUCUCCUUCAAAAGCCACUGUCACUAUUAGCUGACUAAACCACUGUGUUCACACAGAAGCAGCUGUGUAUUCUAAACGGUUCAGCUCUGUAGACCUUCCCUAUAACAAAGGGAAUACUGAUUACAUAACUCUGAAAGCACUGUCAUAAUCUAAGACAAAACCCAGGCACUUUCAAGAGGAACCACGAGCUAGAAAAUUUUAUUCAUGUUUCUGUUGUUUGUGGUCUUGAAACUAUUUGGGAGUGAGACAUGCUUUAAAAAUAUCUGCAUCUAAUUAAUUCUCUAUAUGUUGAGCACUGUUAGAGUAGAAGGGGGGAAAAUAUUUGAAUCCCAGUCAGUCACAUAAAAUAUAUUAAAAGGAUAGCCAUAAAAAUAUACCACAAAAUGUGGGGUGGCCAUGAAUGUUUCAUUUCUUCCAUCCCAAACUUAGCAUACACAAUGCAUCUAUUAAUGGGAUUACACCAUAAACCACACAGCUGGGCUGUUGUAGUUCAUGUAAGUAGGCCCAUCAUGUGAAGUAGGAUAAGAAUGUCACAGAAGAUGCUUGGAAAGGUAGUGUGCCCUAUUUGACCGUUUUUGAAUAACCUUCAGUCAAGACACUAUUUAAGAACAGGUGCCUUUCCCCAUGCAGCUCUCCCUAAUAGUGUCAUGAUAUUAACCAUUCAUUAACCGGGGUUUGAAGUGAAUGAGAAAAGCCAUUUAACUUCUAGCCUUUGUUAAAAAGGAAGCAAAAGAGUAAAUCCUUUUAAUAUAACACAGCUUUGAAGCUUCUAGAUGUUGGCUCCUUCUUCAAAGGAUCAAACAGCACAGUGCAUCAUUGCUGAAGGACUUUCAGGCUAAUGAAGGCUUGUAGAGAUCACAUCACUUGGCUCAGAUGUUGUAAUGAAACUGCAAGAUCUUUCAUUCUGCAAUCACAAAGCAAAUUUCAUGAAAAUUCAGCAAAGCACCAAAUAAAAUUUUAUAGGAGAUCUUCUUUUAAUCUCAAGAGAAAAUUUUUUGGUGGAUAAUCUUUUGCUUCAAUGGUCUAUUUUAGUAGCUAUUACAGCAGAUAGCAGGUGUAAAUCUGGUGGAUGAGGUUUGAGCUUACCUGCUCCAAGUUCUGCUUUUGUUACCGAGGUAUCCUUACGUAUAGCCAGAUUUGGAGCAAAAGGUGUCUUUUUUUGACAUACUGACAAAGUGCAAAAUGUGUUAGAGGACCAUCCCUCUAUAUUUUGAUGCUUUCAUUUCACCAAAUCAGAUUGCUUCUCAAGCUCUUUUAGACUGUAACUCAAAUAUGCAGCCAGGCAAAUGUGACUCAAGACAUGGCCCAAGGGUCUGAAUGUGGAAUUUAUGACUUGGGACUAAGAGGUCAGGGAUGUGACUCUAGACCUCUCUUAUCACCUCUGCAAGUCGAUCUACCUCCUCUCUUACAGAAUGUGGUCAAGGUUUGGUUUGUGUGUUCUCAGUUUAUUACCAAUUCCAGAUUUUGAAGAGGCAUAGAAGAUUCUUCCUUUAGGUACUGUUAGCAACCAAGUAAUAAAAUUUCGAUGGGCCUUCAUCUGAUAUAUUUCUAAAACUUCAAGCCAUCUCAGCUCUCCUUCUAGAAUUCUAAUGCCAUCCUUUGCACUGCUUUGCAGUCUUCCCUUGCACUUCCCCCUGUGGUUCUCAAAUAUUGCAGUUGCCUUGUUCUUCAUUGUUUCUCUAGUGCAGCAGAUUAUCAGGGAGUUAGAGGCCUUAUCUACUACUCCAGCCUGUUUGCUGUUUUAUUCAAACAGCUAUCCUUAGACUUGCUCAGGAUUUUCUUAAUUUUUAUCUUCCAUUUCUUUUGGAUAUCUUACCUUGUUGUGCCCCCACUGAAAUAUAUUGCCUACCAGGCUUUUUGUUCCACCAGGUCUCUGUUUUCAUAGGACGUUGUUUCUCUGGAUCCAUUAUGAGAAUUGCAAGGUGGCAUCUUAAAUGUACAGAAAUGCUGUGUCAAGUAACUGCUUUUGUAGAGCUUUCCAUUAGCAAAGUUAAAGCAUGUCCAUUGCACAAGAUAGAAGACUCUUGACAUGUAAAUCCAAUGGCAGAGCUCCUAACUGCUUAGUAACAAGGCAAAGCUUCAAGCAUAGGUCAGAUUCAGGUAACUGUCUACACAUUUUCCCUUUUUUUUUCUUACCUCUUUUUUGCUAGUGCACAUCUUAGACUUAUACGACUGAAGGAUAUCUCUGAUCAAAAGAAGUAACAUCUAUAUAUUUGGUUUAUAUGGAACAAUAAGCUAAAAUCUUCCAUGAAACCAUAAUUUUGCUGGAAAUUCUAUGCAGGCAUUUUGAAGUCUGGUAAAUCUGUUGAGGAAACCUUUCAGGACUGCUUAGAUCUCCACUGUGAAAUACUGAAUUCUGAAUUAUGUCAUUUGGGAGAAGGAAGGAAGAACUAGGUUUAGAAAAAUGUGAUCUUUUUUCACCAUCUGCCAGUACAGACUAUUCCAAAAAUAACAGACUGUGGAGGUAGUUUUCAAAACUUCUAAAUUUAUGGAUAAGAUUCCCCAGUUUUGUUAACAGCUGUUAGAAAGUCUGAAGCGCACAAACUUUGAAAUCUACCAUGCUUUCUGUUGUGGAAGGGAUGUGAUGUGAUGUUAACCUUUUUAAUCCUGGAAUACAAAUUGAUUUUAAAAUGUGUUCAAUAUUUAAAGAUGACUUCAUGCAAGUUAAUAAACCAUUUGUAAAGUGAUUGUAUACAAUCCUUUGUAUCAUGUUGUUGGUACAUCUUACCAAAUUUUUUUUGGGCAUGUAUUCCAUUCUUAACUUCUGUACAAUUUCUAUUGUUGCUGUAAAUACUCUAAAAGAGAAAAAAAAAUCCUGUGGUAACCUUAACUAUCAGCAUGGAAAUGGUUCAUUUUUACUGAGCACAAUGUAUUUUUGAAUGGGCCUUCCAAAAUAUGUCUUUAAUAAAAUGCAGGUUUUGCACUAGAGAA